AUGGCGCUGGCCACGGUGGUUUUAAUAGGAAAUAUUGUAUUUUUGCUUCGUUAUCUGAUGAAUGCACGACUAGACGAAAGAGAGUUUUUAAAUCCACAAUUAUUUGAUGAUAUAAAGAAUGAUGGUGGCAUUUUGGCCGAUCGAAACCAAUUUAAAUAUUUGAUUGCAAACACCGAAUGCAGGUUUGAAAGUUCAAAUGAUCCACAUCCAAACUUUAUCAUUGCUGUCAAUUCAAAUCCUCGGGCUAAGGAGAUGCGCCAAACCAUCCGCGACUCGUGGGGAAGCUAUGAAAAGAGUGCUAAAACCAUUUUCUUUCUCGGUGUUGUGGAUUCCGAACAAAUUCAAGAAGAAAUCGAAGCUGAAUAUGCAGAGUUUGGUGACAUAGUCCAGGGUAAUUUCAUCGAUCACCAACGCAAUUUGACCAUCAAACAUCUGAUGAUUUUGAACUGGAGCGUUGUAAAUUGCUUGAAUGCAAAAUAUUUGAUAAAAAUAGACGAUAAUGUAUUUGCCAAUGUGCCUGCAAUCGGUGACUUCUUGGCACAGAAUCCAUUGACAAAGAAUUUUCUCAUGGGAACAUAUCACGAACCGGAACUAUGUCCGAGAGAAGGAGACUCGAAAGUUACACACGAAGAAUACGCAUCGGAUUACUAUCCAGCCUACGCUGAAGGACAUUCCAUCAUCUAUUCUAUGGACGUCGCAGUCAUGCUCUGCUAUAAAUCGAAUUUCGUGGAGUUCUUUUGGGUGGAAGAUGUUUUCAUCACCGGCAUUUUACGGUCUCAAAUAAAUGUGGACAUUGAACCGAGCGAAAAGUACAUUUUGACCAGAGAGAGCUUGAUUGAUAUGCGCCAAACAACACUUAAUUUACCAACCCCAAUGAAUUUCAUGUUUUCGUUGCCCAAUUUAAUCAUAUCAGAUCAAAUUAUGCUGUGGGACAGAACCGAAUGGUAUCGGCUCGGUGAAACAAAUUCAGUUUGA